GAGCUUAACUCCAAUUUUUUUUAAUUCUUAUGGCCAAGCAUUUACUAAGGUUUUAGGCCCUACAUAGUGCCUAGUGUUCUACACCUUUUACUCAAAGAAAAAGCAAAUAGUCUCCGCUGCGUAGCAAAGAAAGAAGAAAAUGGAAGAGAAGUUGAUGAUCCCAAAAUGGGUAAAUAAACACAAUGAACUGUACACAGCAGCAACAAGACACCCAUUUACUCUCAGCAUUCGUGAUGGCUCCGUUGACUUCUCUGCUUUCAAACUUUGGCUGGGGCAAGAUUAUAUAUUUGUUAGAGCCUUUGUGCCUUUUGUAGCAAGUUUACUGCUGAAAGCUUGGAAGGAGUCGGAUGACGAUUCAGACGUGGAGGUCAUUUUAGGUGGUAUUGCUGCACUGAAUGAUGAGAUAUCAUGGUUCAAGAGAGAAGCAUCUAAGUGGAGUGUUUCACUGUCCAGUAUCGUUCCUCAAAAGGCUAACCUGGAAUAUUGCAGAUUUUUGGAAAGCAUAACGAGUCCUGAAGUAGAAUAUACAGUUGCUGUUACAGCUUUUUGGGCAAUUGAAGCUGUCUAUCAAGAAAGUUAUGCGCAUUGUUUAUCAGAUGGCGCUAAAACCCCUGAAGAACUAAAAGAGACUUGUCAAAGAUGGGGCAAUGAUGGUUUUGGUCAAUAUUGCCACACUCUUCAAAACAUAGCUAAUCGUCGUCUUGAGAAGUCACCAGAAGAUAUUGUUUUAAAAGCUGAGGCAAUGGUAAUAUGCGUCCUGGAGUAUGAAGUUGAGUUUUGGAACAUGAGUCGCGGGGAAACCUAAGUAUCUCUUGCCUCGCACCAUUGCGCGUGCACUGGCAUUUCAAGUUGUGUGAGAUCGUUGGGUAUAAACGUUUGUCGCAUCUAUUAAAGAGGACGAGUGCAAUGAUAGGUUGUAGUCUAUACAGAAACAUGUUAAGUACUUCUAGCAAAUAAUUUACUUUGGCAUGUUUAGCCUUCGUUAAGUUUACUGUUUUCUUCUUCAAAUAAUAUGCAAAUUCAGGACAAUUUGCACACACCUCGACUAUUA